UUCUGUUGAAAUGGCUGACGUCAAUGUUAACUCAGUGUUGACUUCGAGCGAAGAUAUGGCGGAGAAAGCAUUGAGCAAGAGAUAUGAAGGGUUAGUUGCGGUCCGUACAAAAGCUAUCAAAGGGAAAGGAGCUUGGUACUGGGCUCAUCUCGAGCCUAUUUUGAUUCAAAACCCGGAAACGAAUCUCCCUAAAGCAGUGAAACUCAAGUGCACUUUGUGUGAUGCUGCGUUUUCGGCUUCAAAUCCAUCUCGGACUGCUACAGAGCAUCUUAAAAGAGGUACUUGUCCCAAUUUUGGCUCAGUUUUGAGGCCCAUUUCACAAUUACCCCCUUUAGCUUCACCUACUUCGCAGAAUAAUCAUCGCAAGCGAAGUUCACCACUUACUGGUACUUCUUCUAAUUCGCAACAAUUUGGAGUGGUCAACACUUCGCCGCGAUUCUGCGGCGAAAUGGGCUAUUCACCACUCCAAACAGCUCAAGCAAUUGUUACCCAUACGGGUCUUAAUCAACAACAUUUGAUGUUGUCGGGUGGGAAAGAGGAUUUGGAUGCUUUAGCGAUGUUGGAAGAUAGUGUAAAGAGGCUUAAAAGUUUGAAAAGUUCACCUGGUCCAGCUUUGUGUAAGGACCAGGUGAAUUCAGCUUUCAAUUUGUUGGCUGAUUGGUUUUAUGAGUCUUGUGGGACAGUGACACUUUCGAGUCUCGAGCAUCCCAAAUUCAAGGCUUUCCUUAACCAAGUAGGCUUGCCUGAGGUGUCAAGAAAGGAUUUUGUAGGAGAAAAACUUGAUUCUAAGUUUGAAGAAGCAAGAGUGGAGUCCGAAGCCAGGAUUCACGAUGCAGCAUUUUUUCAAGUUUCUUCAGAUGGAUGGGGGAGGGAUAUUUGUAAGUAUGGGGAAGAUACUGUGAUUAAAUUUAUCAUAAAUCUUCCUAAUGGUACUAAUGUAUUUCAUAAGGCAGUGUAUAAGGGCGGUUUGGUGCCAUCGGAGUAUGCAGAGGAAGUUUUACGUGAAACUAUUAAAGGGUUGUGUGGUAAUGUUGUUCAAAGAUGUGUAGGAAUAGUUGGAGACAAGUAUAAAGGUAAGGCAUUGAGGAAUUUGGAGUUACAAAAUCAUUGGAUGGUUAAUCUUUCAUGCCAACUUCAUGGAUUUAUUAGUUUGUUGAAGGACUUUGGUAGAGAGCUUCCACUUUUUAAAAUUGUCACUGAUAAUUGCUUAAAAAUUGCAAAUCUUUUCAAUAGCAAGUCCCAAAUCAGAAAUCAUUUUAGGAAAUUCAGGUCGCACGGUGUUGAGCUUGCAGGGUUGAUUAGAGUUCCUUCAGCUGACUGCAAUCUCUCUAAGAACUAUGGUCCUGUUAUUGCAAUGUUGGAGGAUAUACUAAGUUAUGCUCGAAUACUGCAGUUAAUAGUGCUGGAUGAUUCCUAUAAGGUCUCAUGCAUAGAGGAUCCUGUUGCUAAAGAAGUUGCUGAAAUGAUACAGGAUGUUGGGUUUUGGAACGACGUGGAGGCUGUUCAUUCACUAGUGAAGUUGAUCAAGGAGAUGACUGAUGAUAUUGAGGUCGAGAGACCCUUAGUUGGUCAGUGUCUUCUUCUUUGGGAGGAGUUGAGAGCUAAAGUAAAGGACUGGUGUGCCAAAUUUAGCAUUGCUGAGGGACCUAUUGAGAAGAUAAUCGAUACACGGUUCAAGAAAAACUAUCACCCUGCAUGGUCAGCUGCAUUUGUACUUGAUCCAUUAUACUUAGUGAGGGAUGCAAGUGGGAAGUAUCUUCCACCAUUUAAACGUCUGACACAUGAUCAAGAGAAGGACAUAGACAAGCUAAUAACACGGCUAGUACCACGGGAGGAAGCUCCCACUGCACUAAUGGAGCUUAUGAAAUGGAGAUCAGAAGGGCUCGACCCACUGUAUGCUCAGGCUGUUCAAGUAAAGCAGCGAGAUCCUGUAACAGGAAGAAUGAAAAUUGCAAAUCCUCAGAGUAGCAGGCUUGUAUGGGAAACUUGCCUGAAAGAGUUCAAGUCGCUGGGGAAGGUUGCUGUUAGGCUUCUCUUCCUUCAGGCAACCUCAUGUGGAUUCAAAUGUAAUUGGUCCUUUAUGAAAUGGGUUUCGCUGCAAGGGCAAUCGAGGGUUGGCAUGGAUAGAGCUCAAAGGAUGAUCUUCAUUGCAGCUCACGCAAAACUUGAGAAACGGGAUUUUUCCAGUGAUGAGGAGAAGGAUGCUGAGAUGCUUACUACAGCAAAUGGUGAGGAUGACAUGUUCAAUGAAGUCUUUGUAGAUGCACCCUCAGUUUAAUUUAUUUUCUUCAUAUCUCUUAACUCUUGUAGAAUAUUGAUAUUUAGGGUGUAUAAAUUCUUUUAAUUUCACUUUCCUUGAUUUGUUACUUCUAAUAGACGGCUUUGGAGAUAUUGUUUGUAGACAAUAUGAGGAAAUUGAGCAUUGUUAUUUUAUCAAUUGCCUAUUGAUGAUAUAAUGACCUGUUAUCUGUGA